UAUAAAGAAAAGGCUUCAAUUUCUUUAAUGGCGGGCCUCUUCCGUUCUAUUUUAUAAUACUAUUUGUCAUUCUGAAAUAGAAGUCGCAGACUCGCAGUGUUCCAUCACACUUAUCCUUUUAUAUGAUUCAUCGAGGUUUAUCAGAGGUUUUCAGACGCUCUUAAUCGACGCCGGCAUCCUCUUCGAAGACGUCACGGCACUUGUACUGUGCUAACUUGUUUGGGAACCCUAGCCAUUUCUGCUUCGCAAAUGCCAGCUUAAGCUUAAAUGGAGAGUAAUCCAACACCCAAUCUAUCUUCAAUACUCCCCUGCAACUCGUUGACUUGAGGAACCGUCCACGAAAACGAGGGUUAUCAGACUGCUGGUUUCAUCAUUGAUUAUCCCACCUUGAUCGCUAUCAUCCGUUGGAGUUGCUUCGCAUUCUUUACGCUAUUGCAGUUUGAAUGCUCACUUGCGACUCCAAUCCCAUGGCGAUCGGAGUGCUUUUGCUGGUUUUCUUCUCUGCCUUUCUCUGCGGGGAAUCAAUAUAUAUAUCUUACAACACUUCGCAGGGGAUUGUUCCUGGAAAACUUAAUGUUCAUUUGGUUCCUCACACGCACGAUGACGUUGGGUGGUUGAAGACAAUCGACCAAUACUAUGUGGGUUCUAACAAUUCCAUUCAGGGGGCGUGUGUUCAGAACGUGUUGGAUUCUGUAAUUCAGGCAUUGCUAGCUGAUAAGAACCGGAAAUUCAUUUACGUUGAAAUUGCAUUUUUCCAGCGUUGGUGGAGAGAUCAGAGCGAGGCAGUCAAGAGUGCAGUCAAGCAGCUAGUCAACUCGGGUCAAUUGGAGUUUAUAAAUGGAGGUAUGUGCAUGCAUGACGAGGCAGCACCUCAUUACAUUGAUAUGAUUGAUCAGACAACUAUGGGGCAUCGUUUUAUCAAGCAAGAGUUUGGUGUGACUCCCAGAAUUGGCUGGCAGAUUGAUCCCUUUGGACAUUCUGCUGUGCAAGCUUACUUGUUGGGGGCAGAGGUUGGAUUUGACUCUCUUUUCUUUGCUCGGAUUGAUUACCAAGACAGAGAGAAAAGGAAAACUGAGAAAAGUCUUGAGUUCAUCUGGAGGGGUUCGAAGACGCUUGGGUCAUCUGCACAGGUUAGUGUCAUGUAUCCUUAAUAUCUGUUGGGUUUU